AUCUUUAUGGGACUAUGAUUUUUGGAAAAUGUGCAUCCUGUGGUUGCCCUGCGAAAAAUCAUAGAAUAAUCUAUUAUAAUAGCAUAACUGAAUAUUCAGAAAAGAUUGAUGAAAAUAUAGAACAUGAACUAUCAGAAAACAAAAUAGAGCAAAUUUACAAGCAAGAUCAUAUAAAAAUGCUCCAAGAAAAGAUCGACCAACUCAAAGAACAACAGGAUAAAGUCAAUAAAAUUAUAGUCAAAGAGAAAGCUAAUUCUUCCGAAAAUCACGACAAUAAUAUUCUUGAAGCGCUAGAAGAAAUAAAAAGAAAAUAUGACGAAGAGGUGAAAGUUAUUAAAGAGAUGAUUGAAAAUAAUGAGCCCUCUUCGUGCUCGCUUUCUUCUGAGGACAUACUGGAACUUGAACAACAGUUAUACGGCUUACCAAAUGUCGGUAAACAUUUACAAGCUAUAAAAGAAGAAAAGAAAAAAGCAUUCAAGUAUCGAGAAAGACGUCACAAACUCACUAACAUGCUGAAUUUCUUAACAAAAAUUUUUACAACUUCAAAUAUAUGGAAUUGUAGUUGA